AUGUCCAAGUCUCGUGCUCCCAUCAUCAUCGGCGGUGCUGCUGUCACUGGUAUCGGAUACUACCUCUACGCCGCUGGUGGAAACCCAAGAGCUGCUGAGAAGAAGGCUGAGAGCGACGCUCACAGCGCUGCUGCCGACAUCAAGAAGCACCUCCCUGGCCGCACUCCUGGCGCCGAGUCAGAGUUGAGAGGAGCUGGUGCCAAGAUCGACGGUGUUGUUGCCGAGGCCGAUCGCACUGCUGGUGUCAUCAAGAGCAACGUCCAGGCUGUUGCCAAGGACGCAAAGGCCGAGGCCAUGAGAGUCGUGGACAAGUUCGACAACCGUGUCGAGGCCGAGGCCGCCAAGGCCAAGGGUGGUGUCUCAAGCUGGUUCGGUGGCGGCAAAUAA